AUCACAUCAGAUAUAUUGGAAACUUGAAUCGUGUAUUGCAAAUCCACCAUUAUAUUUCUUUACCGUGGCCGCGUGUAGUAUUUGUCUUUUAGAGGCCUAGGGAGCACAAUAUGUGUUUCCGUAUUUUGAAUGCUGACUUCUUGUCUGGGCACCAAAGUUUAAUUCUUUGAUGCAUUAUUGUAUGAAUUACAGCUGUUGUUGAAGAUGUAAUUUAGUUGUAUUUAACUCGACAGAAAUAACAUGAGACUAAACCACGAAGAAAGAAGAAAAAAAGCAACGUGUACACCUAGUGUGAACCGUGAACGUUGAAACUUUAAAAAAAAGUGUUACACUAAGUAGUGUAAAUUUCAAAUAAAACAUGGCGGUCGUAACAGGUGUAAGAAAAGUGUUAAGAAUUGCUUUGCUUUCCAGAGCGUUUGGUAUUUUGAUGCAGAGCUUUUCAAAUUAUAUGAUAGUUGAUUACGACACAUCGGAAGAGCACCUGGCUUGCAGCGUUAGCAGUGAUCAGAAUUCUGCGCAAAACAACACAGUCAACCUGAUCGUUUCCUCAAUGUUGGGCGGAUUUUCAAAAUGGGAUUCUGUAUACUUUCUUGACAUUGCCACACAUGGUUACCGUUUCGAGCAAAACAUGGCGUUCUUUCCUUUAUUUCCUACACUUUUAUAUACGUUCAGCCUCACGUUACAACCCUUUAAACUAAUUCUUAACUUGACUGAUAAGUCAUUGCUUUUGCUUGCAUCCACGUUCUUAAACACUCUUUCAUUUGUUGUCGCAUCUAUGGGAUUAUUCUGUUUGACAAACUCUCUUUUUAAGAAUCCAAAACUCGCUAAAAAUGUUGUGGUUCUUUUUUGUGUUAAUCCGUCAAGUGUAUUCUUUACUGCCACUUAUUCGGAAAGCGUGUUUGCCAUGACCCAAUUUUGGGGCAUGUUUUUCGUGGAGAGAAAUGAACUAUUUAUUGCUUCUUUGAUCUUUUCACUAGGCAGUGCUACACGAUCUAAUGGCGUGAUUUCGUGCGGUUUCAUCUGUUAUACGGCACUAAAAAACAUUACAAUACCAUAUCGCGAUGCAAAAUCUAAAGACAGGAUAACAAGCUUGAAGGCUAUAGCGCGAAAUCUUAUGAAAACUUUCAUGUUUUUGGCAAUAAUCCUCUUACCUUUCGUCAUUUUUCAAGGCUAUGGUUAUUAUAUAUUUUGUAAAAAUCCAUUACAGAAACUUAAAUCCGUAUGGUGUGACGAUAGUGUACCUUUACCCUAUCGUUACAUACAAAAACAUUAUUGGAACGUCGGUUUCUUGAAUUACUAUGAAAUUAAACAGAUACCUAACUUCUUACUUGUUUUACCAAUCAUCGUUAUGUCAGUUUGGGGUAUACGCGAAUACUUGAUACAACAAAGAAGAGAAAAUGUCUGGACGCUGGGUUUACUUAUGCCAGAUAAAAACAACAUUUUGAAUAUCUUUGUCUACACUGUGCAUUUGUUAUUUCUUGUUGUAUUUGGUGUGACAUCAAUGCAUGUUCAGGUUGCCACUCGAAUGAUUCUGUCGUCAUCACCAAUGAUUUACUGGAUAGCUAUAUCUUGGCUUACUCCUAAAAGACCUCAUGAUACAAACGUUCAUUUGAAUCGCAAAGCGCAUUUCGUCUGUGCAUAUUUUAGUCUUUAUUAUUGCCUAGGCUACCUACUUCAUUGUAAUUUCUACCCUUGGACUUGAACAAUCACCCAUAGUCAUUUCUAAUCGUUAAACCAUCAAACAAUUUAGAGUAAUUUCUCGAAAUAAACUUGAAUGGCACACAUUUUGAAUAAGUAUUCUAUUUUUUGAUCU